AUGUCUCCAAGCGCCAUUUCACCGCUUGCAUCCAUCAAGGCGCUCACCUUUGACGUCUUUGGAACGACUGUCGAUUGGCGCACUUCCGUCAUUGACGAGCUGGGGCUGCGCGUCCACCGCAAGCUCAGCACUAGCUCCGACGCCGAUGGCGCCCCCUCCACGGAGCUGCGCGAUCGGCUCGAAUACCUCAACACCAAUUACACCGGCCACGAGAGCCAAGAGAACUGGACGGCGCGCUUCGCUGAUGCCUGGCGCUCCUCGUACUGGUUCUUUGUGCGGUCGCAGGCCAAGGCAGGCGUCCAGGACACGGCCACGUUCAAAACAACAGAGGAGCAUUUCUACGAUAGCCUGAUUGAGCUCUUGGAAGAGUACCACCUUGAGGGUCUGUUUUCGGACGCGGAGCUCAAGUCGCUCAGUAUGGUGUGGCACCGCCUCGCGCCCUGGCCGGAUACCGUCGAGGGCUUAGCCAAGCUGGCGGCGCCGCCGCUGAACUUGCAGACUGCGACGUUGAGCAACGGCAGCACGGAUUUGAUCAAGGAUCUGAACGACUUCGGAGAGUUGGGUUUUCAGCACCAGUUCUGUGCCGAGUCGCUGAAGGCUUACAAGCCAGCGCCGGAGACGUACCUCGGCGCGGCGAAGGAGUUGGGUCUGCAGCCAGAGGAGGUGGCCAUGGUGGCGGCGCACAUGUCCGAUCUUGAGGCGGCGAGGAAAGUUGGCCUACGGACCGUGUAUGUAGAGAGACGAAAGGAGGAAGAAUGGCGGGAUCAUCAGCUGGAGGAGGCCAAGGCGUGGGUUGACCUCUGGAUCAAGGAGGAUGAGGGAGGGUUUGUUGCGCUGGCGAAACGUCUCGACGAGCUGAGAUUAUAG